AUGAAUACCGACGAAUUGGAAAAUCUCGCACAAAUCAUGAACUUAGAAAAUGACAGGCUGUAAAAGUAAUAGAACGCUUCGGUAUGGAGUUAAUAGGUUUGUACCAUUAUUUUCUAAUCAAUAUACGGAUUGUUGUUUUAUCUGUUUUCUACCACUCCUGGAUAUUAUGGUGAUGAGAGCAGCUGCAUUUAGUUGAAAAAGUUUUCUUAUAUUUUAGGUGCCGCUACUUUAAUACUUGUUGUAAUUCAUACUCUCUUGUUAAUUUAUUCUUGCAGCUCAAAAAGCAUUAGUUUCCUUUUGUCAGCAGAGGGAGUAAUGAACACAGUAUAUGGAAUCUUUUCAUUAGUAAUUUGGAUAAUGUUAUGGAUUGCCUUGGCACAAAAAGAGGAAUGUGGAAGUUUGACUACGUUAGUUUGGGUUUUCACAAUUUUAAUUAUUCUUGGAGUUUUCUUGAGUUGUUGUUUAGUAUGCCUUGCUGCAGUAGCUACAUCCCAAAAAUGAUUAAAAAACAUUAAUACAAUCAAUAAAAUAACA